UGCGUGUAAAAGGGAAAAUAAAAGUAGAGUAUUAUGCAGACUGGUUAUGUAAGGGAUAAGAUAGCGGAUGUUUAUUACUAGAUGAUGUAUAUGUGAGAAAACAAACUACUGAAUUGUAUAUCCAUACUAAAGAUGAAUUUAAAUGAAAUCGAUAGUUAGCGACUUUCUGGUGUUCAUUUGUUAUCUAUUCUGCAUGAUGAACAAGUUUUGAAUCGAUUAAAACAGGAUGAGUCAUUUCUUUCAGUAGACAGAUAUUUUUAAAAUACUCAAUCAAGAAACUGCGAUUUUUAUGACAAAAAAAUGAAAUAGCCUCCACUCUGGUAAAAAGAGUUUUUUUCGAUUCGGUAUUUUUACGUUUUAUAUUCCGUAUUUUACAUUUUAUUUAACAGUGUGUCGUGUUCUUAUCGAUGUAGUGAAAAUGCAGCUGUUCUAAUUAUGCAAGACAUCGCCCACUGAUCUAUGUAUAAACUCACUAAAGUCACGCGCACAAUGCUGCCGACACCUGAAUAUGUAGUGUAGAAAAUCAAAACCAUGAAGGCAAAACGAAAUGCAGAUAUAAUUUAAUUAAACUGAAAAACUAAUGAACUAAAGGUGAAGCUUGAUCUGACUUGUAUAAUCAGAGUAAUGUCCUGUAAAUAAACCGGAAACUGAGCUGACAUUUUUUCAAAGUAAAGGUACAGGAAACGAAGCUGAUAUUUUCAUAGACAAUGUUUUUUUAAUUGUGUUCUUUUGUUUUCGGGGAUUCCUUAAUAGAAUAAUUGAACUAUCUGAAAUAGAUAUGGGAGGUCAUCUCGACAAGUUAUCUGGACAGAAGUAUUUAGAAAAUGAGGUAAAUUUGAUGAUAAAAGAAGGAAAUAUAAAUGAUUUGAAAGGCCUGACGAAAGACUCAAACUUUGUCAAUUUUGUUUUCGUAGAUGGAACGACACUGCUUCACGUGGCCGCUUUACAUCAUCGAAAGGAAUGUUUAAGGUUUCUACUAAGGAAACGAUUAGUUCCAAUAAAUAGCAGAGAUCAUUCGGAUGAAACGGCCUUGAAUACCGCCUUAGAACAAACUGACGAUUUGGAGUGUGCAGAUAUACUGAUUACUGCAGGCAUUGAUAUCCACCUUAAAAACAAAUGGUUGCGGACACCAUUAUUAAAAGCAGUCAUAAAUCAAGAUGAACGCGCGGUUUUGUUUUUAUUGAACAAGGGCUGUAACCCUAACACGGAAGACUGUAUGGGUUGCACGCCCUUGAAUCAAAGUGUUUUUUACCAUUUACAUCGUUCUUUUAAAUGUCUACUUCAACAUUCGGUUGAUAUUGAUUAUGUCAAUAAAAAUGAUCUAUCUGCUCUGUAUUUCGCAUGUAAAUCGCUAAACAAAAUUGCAGUGUCUAAACUUUUAAAACUAGGAGCCAGGGUGUCUCUCGAUCUAAUACAAAAGAUCCUGCUAUUUUUUGACAAUGAACUAACCCAGCCUCAACGUGCACAUAAAGCACCCUUUAUGGAAUCAAUACUUCUAUCAGUUAUAUCUGCUUUAGGACAAACGAUACCUUUAAAUGUUUUCUUCAAAUUGCUGCGCCACUCCACUGCUUUAAAUGUUUCAAAAUCUUUAUUUGUUUGUACCGAAAGAAGACAGCCGUGGAAACAAAAGGUAGACAGUUUAGAACUGUAUCGCAAAAACAAGUUGAAUUGGUUGGCUGCCGGUAACUGUGAUUGUGUACCGUCUCUAAUGGAUAUAAGUCGUUUACUCGUAAGAGAACGUAUAGCGGCGUCUCGUGGAAAUGUUAUAACAGGUUGCAGUUUACUGAACAUUCCACCUGGGUUAAAAUCUGUCAUUCUGUUGCACGAUAUUUGAGUUUGGACCGUGUAUAAUAACAUGUAUUAAAUUGCUAUUUUAUGAUU